GCUUACAUUAUUAAACACACAAAAUUUACAACCUUAAAAAUGAGUGCCCCAAUAAGUACAGCAAUGGACAGUUUAACAGCUGCACUUAAAUCUAAUAUAAUUCCAAACCAAGAGUAUUUGUUACAAGGAUCAGUUCUGGAUAGUGCAGUAGAAGUAUUGCUUCAUAGGUUACGUGGUUUAUGUGACAAUGUUGAUACUGGACCAGAAACUUUUAAUGAUCAUGAAAUGUGUUUCAGUAUUAGAGCAUCAGAGCAACCAUUGCUUUUACGUGUAAGGAGAGCUUUGGAUUAUCAAGACAUGCCUUGGCAAUUACGGUAUAUUGGUCAACCAGAAUUGGGUGAUAAGUCACGUCCAACCAUUGUUAGAAGUAGUUUAGAUAUUGCAACCAGUAACACAGUUGUUGACUUUUUAACAGAACUUGGAUGUAGAUUAGAUUUUGAAUACAUUGCACGUGGUUACAUGUUCCGUAAAGGCAGAAUGAAGGUGACAGUUUCUAAGAUAUUUAAAAUGGGUCAGCAGGGUAAAAUGCCUGAAAGUAUGGAAGCCAUAUCUCAAAGCUAUUUAGUAGAAUUGAGUGUCUUAGCACCAAGUGGUCAAGAUGCAAUAGCAGAAGAUAUGAGAAUCUUUGCUGAACAACUAAAACCCUUGGUUCAGCUUGAAAAAAUUGAUUAUAAAAGACUUGUUCAUUAAUAUAAGAGGUAUAGAAUUAAUGAACAUUAUAUUUUUAUCAUAAAAUUAUAUACUUUACAUAUGUAAAUCUGUCUUGUAAAAUUGUACAUAAUUAAACUUUUUUAUAAUUCAAAACAUAAAAAUAAAUUUGUAUAUCUAUUUUAAUCAGAUUGUCUGUUAUACAUAUUAUUUACUAUAUUUUAAAUUUAAUUAUUGAUGCAAUGUCGUAGGUAGUGGGAGUAUAAAGUAUACCAUUCAUUUUCCGUACAACGCAAGUCAAUGUGUAACACUUAUCGAUUUUCAUAAACAAUUUUUGGAUACUAAUUAAAGGUAGUUUUAUUGAACAAAUUCGUAAAUUAGAGGUGUAUUGCUUCCGUGUGAUGAUAGUUAUAAAUAAUUUAUACUUAAAGCAGAGU